AUGGCGGCAUCGUCAAGCUAUGUACAACUGCGCCACCCACCGCGACGAAUGACCGCAAAGCAAGUCCGGCGAGACACGCCAGAUACAGCAAGUAAACAUAGCAUGCAGUUCUCGCAGCUACAUCGCAGCUCAGUUCUGGCACACAAGCACAGAGAGCUGAUCUGGGCAGAUUCUACAGGGCUUGAGAGGCUACACUCACGGCUCCCAGUUAUCCUUCCAGCCGGACGAAAAGCCCACCAACCCGGGAACCUUGCUUUAGCCAUGCAUGGCGUCGGAUGGAGGGAGAACGGGACUUUGUCUCUAGCAUAA